CAACUUUUUGACCGACUUGCUGCUAUUACUCAUAGCCAGUGAUGCGAGCGCUUGGAUGAUCAGAAAUGCGACUGAAACGCUCACCGCAACCAAUAUCACUGUCAAUAAAUCGGAAAUGGGGACUGACGGAUUAGCAUCCAUGCCCAAAUCAAGGCGAAAACGGUACAUUUCGCAAAGUGACAUGAUAGCUAUUCUGGACUAUCACAACAAGGUGCGAGCGAAUGUUUUCCCACCUGCAGCCAACAUGGAGUAUAUGGUUUGGGAUGAAGGCCUGGCCAGGUCAGCAGAAGCUUGGGCAGCCAUGUGUAUUUGGGAACAUGGACCUCCUUACCUUCUUCGAUAUCUGGGUCAAAACCUCUCAGUCCGAACUGGCAAUUACCGCUCCAUUCUUCAGCUGGUUAAACCUUGGUAUGAUGAGGUCAGGGAUUAUGUGUUUCCAUACCCACAUGACUGCAAUCCUCGCUGCCCGAUGCGCUGUUACGGACCCAUGUGCACACAUUACACACAAAUGGUGUGGGCGUCAUCAAACAGAGUUGGAUGUGCCAUCCAAACCUGUUACAAUAUGGUUGUGUGGGGCGCUGUGUGGAGGGAGGCAACUUACUUGGUCUGCAAUUAUUCUCCAAAGGGCAACUGGAUUAGUGAGGCACCUUACAGAGUCGGUGUGCCAUGCUCAGCCUGUCCUCCAAGCUACGGAGGUUCAUGCAGCAACAACAUGUGCUUUUCAGAUAAUGGAAGUCAUUAUCAUUACACCCCUGAGACAGAGGAAAAUAACUAUAUUGAACCAGAACCUGAGCCAGUUCGAAACCACGACACUCACUACAGAGAUGAGACCCCGACACCUUCUCCCAACGAGAACACUGAGAGGAUCGAAGUCAUCAGUACUUCCCAGAUGUCUCAGCAAGUAGCAUGUGAUACUAGAUUACGUGAUCAGUGCAAAGGAACUACUUGUAACAGGUACGAAUGUCCACCAGGCUGCUUGUACAGCUAUGGAAAAGUAAUUGGAUCGGGUCAUUAUGACAUGCAAUCCAGCAUCUGUGGUAGUGGCUUGCAUGCUGGAAUAAUAGAUGAUGAUGGAGGCUGGCUGGAUGUCACAAGGGUGGGCAGAAGGCAACGAUUCUCAAUGUCCUUCAAAAAUGGAGUUCAGACUCUGGCGAAAAAUCAGAGUGCCAAUGCCUUCACCGUAUCAAAUGUUCCAGUGAAAGCAGUUAAUUGUGAUACUACGGUGGCACAAUUCUGCCCUUUCAAGAAACCAGUCCGGCACUGCCCCAGGUUGUAUUGUCCUCGUAAUUGCUUGUACGACAGCUAUGCCCGAGUAAUCGGAACCCGCUAUUAUUCAGAUAAUUCCAGUAUAUGCAGGGCAGCUAUCCACGCAGGGGUGAUUCGAAGUGACUCAGGAGGUUAUCUGGACGUAAUGCCUGUGGACAAGAGGAAGCAGUACAAGGGCUCCUACCAGAAUGGCAUCACCUCAGAGAGCCUACAGAAUCCCUCAGGAGGCAAAGCGUUCCGAGUGUUUGCGGUCAUUUGAAACCAUCGUCCAAGGACAGAUGCAAGGAAAUAGAGCUCUUGGUAACAUAACAGCCAGUAAUUACCACACAUUUGGUUUGCUGGUCUUGCUGGGCUGGAUUUUAGGCCAGUGCUGUCACGAAAAAUCUCCUCAACAGGAAAAAAAGACAUUGAAUUUGACACCAUCUGGCCCUGAGAAAACAAAGUCUCCGUGAUUUGUUUUCUCUGUGUGUAAAUGCCAUGUAUAUAUGUGUUGUAAAUAUAGUGAAUUUUAUCCAUUACAUUCAUUCUUGUAUGUUUUUAUAAAACGUAUAUAUUUGCUAUUGUAAGCACAUAAAGAUAUAAAGCAUUCCUUCAAACAAAAUAGGCAAUUGUGCAUGCAAACACAAGUGUUAAUGUCUGAACAUUUCGAAUGUGUAGAAAAGGCCUUAUAUUACAGUUUAUAUUUUUGUAUGCAUAUUUUUAAAUCAGUGUUCAGAAGCUGCUCAUUAGUGUAUUGCGCUUUACAGUAUAUUAAGCUGCAUAUGUUCAGAAUUUGAUACUGUAACAACCUGGCAGGCCAGGAAAUCAUUAUUGCUUUAGAAGAAUUUGAAAAAUGUAUCACAAAAGGAGCA